AUAAAUUUUUCGGGUCCGGGUCAACCCGUAACACUCUCCAGCCCAAUAGUAGAAAACUUAAAGACUCACCAGUCAGUACCAUUACCGUGUUCUAGAACACAAUGAAUCAACAAGUGCAGAAGAACACACUCUACGUCGGUGGAUUAGCAGAAGAAGUAAACGAAACGAUACUGCAUUCAGCGUUCAUACCCUUCGGAGAUAUUAAGGACGUGAAGACGCCGUUAGAUCAGGCGACACAGAAGCACCGGUCGUUUGGAUUUGUCACGUUUCUAGAGAGAGAAGAUGCGGCGGCGGCCAUGGAUAAUAUGGACGGUGCUGAGCUUUACGGCCGUGUGCUUACGGUGAAUUAUGCUUUGCCGGAGAAGAUUAAGGGUGGUGAACAAGGAUGGGCUGCUCAACCGAUCUGGGCCGAUGCGGACACGUGGUUUGAACGACAACAACAAGAGGAAGAAAUGCAACGAAUUCAAAAGGAAAACCAAGCUGCAAUGCAGGUUGCAGAGGAAUUGCAUAGAAAACAAAUAACUGAAGAACGGGAAGGCGAGAAGGAUGAUCCCGACACCAAAGAUGAUCCAAUGGUUAUGGCUGAAGCAGAAUCAUUGAAGCAGAGUAAUAGUUAGUUUGUUAUGGCUUCUUGUUAAUGUUCAUCAUACUUUCUCUACACUCUUGCUCUGUUUUACAAAAGCAAAUUGUUGACGUUUACAUGAACUUUUUCUAACACUAUGAGAACCCUUUAGCGUUUGUGUUGGGCAAAUGCAUGUAAGGGUUAAAGGUAGAAA